CUCCUAAUGCAGUAAUAAUGAUAAAUACUCCCUCUAUACUCACUCCUCCAUCUCCCAUGAAAGUAUCCAUUAGCAGUAGCUUCUAAUUAUCUCUGUUCCAUUCCCAUAUCUUUCUAAAUUCUGCAAAAUGGGUCUUCAUCAAGCUUCCAUUUCCCCCUGAAAAGUUUCAUCUUUUCCUUCAAACAUAAUAGAAAUCAAAUGGCAGAGACGGCAGCAGAAACCAAACAAGGCUGCGGGCUAAGUUUCCCUUGCCGGAGUAUCUUUCUAAGAAAAUCCUCUGCAAAAUCUCUCCCAUCAGAAAGAAACAAGCCCGAAACCUUUGAUCUUCCUUCCCCAUCAUCCAAACCUCGUCCAAAACAAAAUCCUAAAGUAACAACAACAACAACAGAUCAUAAGACAAACGAAACGCCACGGCCCUUAAAUUCCGUUGGAAGAACUUCAACCUCCUCCGAUAGUUCUGGCCGUCAAAACAAAGCUCCUCUUCAACCAGUUCAUGUUCCGACAAGGAAACCGAAAACCAACGACGACCCAACUCCACGCGCCACCCCUACUAAAUCGGGGACAAUAUUACCGCUGGCUAUCAAUAUGGGGAACAUUAUUAUGGUCAAAAGGUCAAGUUUGGAUAGCCCAAGAAUAAGCAGUAGUAGUAUUAGUAGUAACAUGAAGAAAUUGGAUGCUGAAGUUGUGAAGAACAAUGGAAAUUUGAUGUACAAAGAAGGGAGAUUCAAAGAGGCGUUGGCUUUGUAUGAUAAAGCAAUUGUUUUGGAACCAAACAGGGCAUGGUAUCACUGUAAUAAAGGUGCGGCUUUGAUCGGUUUGGGCCGGUUGCUGGAGGCGGUUUUCGCCUGCCAACAAGCCAUCAAUCUUGACCCUUCUUACCGGCGAGCACAUCAUCGACUUGCCACUCUGUAUUUCAGGUUGGGAGAAACAGGAAAGGCAUUGGAAGAGUAUAAACUGUCGGGGAUCAUUGAUGAAUCAGAGGAAGUUUCGAAAUGUAAAUUCUUGAAGGAAAACAUAACUAAAUGUGUUGAAGCAAGGGAUGUUCGAGAUUGGAACAUACUGUUGAAAGAAUCGCGAACCGCUAUGUCAUCUGGUGCCGAUUUUUCUCCUUUGUUGCGUGGCAUGGAAGUUGAAGCGCUGUUUAGGCUGCGUAAACAUCAACAAGCUUACACUACAUACCAAAAUGCGCCAUGUUUUGAAGUUGAUUCUUGCACAAAGUUGUUUGGCCCGUCUUAUGGUGCUUAUCUAUUAGCAAUUCGAGCAAGGGCCUAUUUGAUAGACGGCAGGUUUGAUGAGGCUGUCGAGUUUUGCCAACGUGCUGCGAAACUUGCUCCGGGUAGGGAGAUAAACGAACUCCUAUCGGAAGCUAAGUGUUUAGCCUCGGCUAGAUCAAAUGGAAACCUUUUUUUCAAGGAGUCAAAGUUUGUGGAGGCGUGUUUUAGCUAUAGUGAAGGGCUAGAGCUUGAUCCUUACAAUCCAAUUAUGUUGUGUAACAGAGCUGCAUGUCGGUUCAAGUUAAGGCAAUUUGAGAAAGCAGCCGAGGAUUGCAGUUUGGCACUUAAUGUUCGUCCUACUUACAACAAGGCUAGGUUGCGAAGAGCACAUUGUAAUGCUAAGAUGGAGAGGUGGGAGGCCGCGAUUCAAGAUUAUGAGAUGCUAACGGGAGAGGAUGAAAAGAAAGAGGAGGUGGAAAAGGCGUUGAAUUUGGUUAGAGCGCAACUCGAAAGACAGCGAAUUCAAGAUUCGAAAAGAACUAGUAAUUGUGGAUCGGUUGGUUCGGGCAGGUCAAGAAGCUCUGUAGAUGCAAUUGUGGAUUAGUUUGUCAAUUUCAAUUCGCAAGAAAAAUCAUCAUUUGGUUGGUUAGGUAGGUAGGGUAGAGUUUAAAAUUAAAUAGCAAAGAAUUGCUUGUUUUGGGUAAGCAAUCCAAUUUGUUAUUUGUAUUAGGAUGUGUGAAUGUGAUUGGCAUAAGUUGCGAAGUGUCACCCUAGGUUAAGGGCUUAAAAUUAAAUUCCCUUCCUAGUUAAAAAAAAAAAAUUGAAGUUUGCAUUCUUUCUGUGGAAGAAAGAUAUAGAAAUUUACAUUUUUAUUUGGAAUGUUGUGUGUUUUUGGUCUUUUGAAAAAGAAGAAUUUUUGUUAUAACU